AUGGAACGUUAUUCCGACGGUACCUUGUGUAAUCGGGGAACAGGCGGAGCGACAAACUUGGAUAUCGCAAGAAUUUCGAGACAGCCGCCUUUAUUACUAAAGAUUUCUGUAUCUUUAAAGUAUGCCCUCUGUUGGAGUAACAGCGCCUCAUGCUUUAAGCCUUGGCGACGCUUCUUGCUCGCUGGUCAGUUCCUUCCCUUAAGAACGCAACGAUUCACCGAAACUACGGCAGCCAAAAGGACUCACACAUGCAUGCGUUAUCCUGAUCUCCCUAGUGUUGCCUUAUCGCUUGCAAACGCUAGAUACAUCACCAGUGGUGGCAGCAAUAUUCACCCUUCGCCUUCUCGGCCUUCCAAGGGCUCCAUGCAGCCUUUGUCCAAAUCAACACUGCCAAAAGGUAGUGACACGGCAGCGGUACCAGAAGCAGCAGAAGACGGAGAGCCAGAAGUGGAAGGCGCUCAGGCGGCUUCGUUGACAACGGCGCUUCCAACUGCCGCAGCAGAGGAGCUGCUCGAGGGAAACGGGGGAGUAGGACAAGUUGAAACAGGGACCCCCGCUGCCGGCAUUUCCCCAUCUGUACCUUUGUUAGAUACAGAGAAAUCACAUCAGGGAGAAGAAUUCUUAGUGGCGGAAGGAUUGUCUAAGGCCGGGAUACCGCCAGAAGCCGAGGGAUCAGACGAAGGAUCAGGAGAUGCAGAAAGAAACACCGCUAGCGACUCUCCUCCCCCCGCAGGAGGGCCAAAUGCAUACGGGCGGGGGCGGCCUCUCUCUGCUCCCUUUGUGCAGCAUUACUCAAAACACAUGGCUAUCAUUUGGGAGUGGUAUACGAAGACGAUUGGAGCAACGAUGAAGGGCAAAAGGAAGCAAGAUGAAGAUGCGCUGAUAGUCCACGCCCCUUCUCACUGGAGACGCAAUAUUCGCUUUAAGGCCGUCUUCGACGGCCACGGAGGAUCUGCGGUUUCAAGGACUUGUGUUGCGCAGUUCUGCAACUUCUUCGGGAACAUGCCGGAUCUCUCCGCCGUUACUUUCAAGAAAACGUCGCUCCUCUUCGAUGAGGUCAUUAAAGCGGACCCUGUGCGGCACGAACGAGGGGGAAGCACUGGGUUGGUGGUGGCGAUUGAACGACCAUGCGAAAAAGUGCCGAAAUUCAAUAUUCACACUUCUAAUAUUGGAGAUUCUCGUGCUUUCAUUCUACACAAAAACGGCACUUACACGAUCAUGUCGAAAGACCAUAAGCCCAGCGAUCCUGGGGAAGUGGCACGCAUCAACCGUGCCGGGGGCUUCGUGUCGUACAUCAGGAGGGUGUUCAGAGUGGACGGCAUGCUCUCUUUGUCUAGAGCGUUUGGCGAUAUUCGCAUGAAAGCAAACCCGAGACUCCCUGCCACCGAACAGAAAGUCGUGGCAGUUCCUGACGUCCGGAAGUUUGCGGCCUUCGAAGGCGAUUACAUCUUCAUGGCCUGUGACGGGAUGUUCGAGGCACCUGGCAUGACGUGGGACUACGUGGCAAAUCUGCUACAGCGAGAACUGGAGAGCACAAAAGAUAAUUUGGUGGAGACGGCUUUUAGGAUGCUAAACACCGCAUAUCUGCUGGGAUCGGCAGACAACAUUUCAAUUGUGCUAACAAAGUUAAUGAGCAGAAAGAGGAACAGUAGCACGGUCAGGCGGUUCAGUUAUGACUUUUCAGGAAAAAGGGAGUUCGCGGACACGCAGGAGCUAUCUUCGCCCAAUGUUUACCGGAGCGGCACUUACCACACUUCUUUUGGCCCGGUGGUCACUUUGUUCUAA